CGCUGAGGUCCUCGUAGGUAAACAAGAAUAUGAGAAUGCCUCACCCAGCGUCGGGAGACCUGUAACGGCAGUUAGUCACUGUCCAGGAUGGGGCCUGGUGGGGGUUCGGUGGGUCACCACGCGACCCAGGACCCUGUUGCCCAGAUGAACACCUUCCGCUCAUACGUGUCCAUGCUGGCUGACCCUGGCUCAAAGGACGAAAACAAACUCAAAGCUGCACAAGCUCUCAGUGAAGAUCUGGAGGCCAUUGUAGCCUCACCACAGUACCCAUCAUUCCUGGAACAUGCCAUGAAAAUCUUUAUCAAGAUCCUGAGUGAGGGAGAUCCACUCUUCAUAUCAGAGUACAAUAUUCAGCAACUUCGGAAAUUGAUUCUGGAGAUGAUUCACAGACUGCCCAGCAAUGAGCAGUUAAAGACCUAUCUGCGGCCCAUACUUACCCUCAUGUUUCGCCUGUUAGAGACUGACAAUGAGGAAAAUGUCAUGGUCUGUCUUCGCAUUAUCAUUGAACUCCACAAGACUUUCAGACCGCAGUUUAGCCCAGAGAUCCAGCAGUUUCUUCAGUUUGUCAAAAAUAUGUACCAAGACCUGCCCAACCACAUGAAUAAGAUUUUUGAACCUCGACCUGUAAUACGUGUAACUGAUCUCUCGGAGGUUAAUGUCGAGGCGCUCCUACAAGAGACUUUCACCAUUACACCUAUUCACACAGAGAAAAAGUUGCAGGAUGGCACCUCCAUAACUUAUAACGUAAUUCCUCGUGCGGUGCUGUCCCUAAAGGUACUGACAGAAUUGCCCAUUAUUGUGGUGCUGAUGUUUCAGCUGUACAAACAGCAGGUUUACCAAGAUGUAGCUGACUUCAUCCCUCUCAUCAUGAACACAAUUGUUCUCCAGCCAUUUGCACAACACAGGGAGCAUGAAUCAUUCAACAAGGAAGUGUUUGUUGACCUUAUUGCUGCACAGAUCAAGACUCUGUCCUUUUUAGCAUACAUCCUGAAGAUCUACCAAGAUGUGGUUGCACAGCACUCUACAAAACUGGUCACUGGAAUGCUCACGCUCCUCUCUCUCUGCCCCAAUGAAGUGGCUCACCUGCGCAAGGAGCUGCUGAUUGCCACAAAGCACAUCUUGGCUCUUGAACUGAGAAAUAGAUUUGUCCCUCAUAUUGAUAAGCUGUUUGACGAGAGCCUGUUGUUUGGAAGAGGCUGGACAGCGCAUGAAACCCUCCGCCCAUUGGCAUACUCCACAUUGGCAGACUUGGUUCAUCAUGUCCGUCAGCAGCUGGACAUGGGAGCCCUGACCCGUGCUGUCCAUCUCUUCUCGAAGAAUAUACAUGAUGAGACGCUUCCCACAAGCAUCCAAACAAUGUCAUGCAAACUGCUACUUAACUUGGUAGAUUGCAUUCGGUCUCGCAGUGAGGCCAAUCCUAAUGAGCCAGGAGCAGGCAGGGACCUGUUGAUCCGUAUGCUUCAUGUCUUCGUGAAUAAGUUCAAGACUAUUGCACAGCUCCAGUUGCCGUACCUGAAAAACAAACAACAACUCAACAGUGCAACAAGCAGUUCUCCUGCAAAUAACAACAGUGGAACAUCCAGUAAUAGCACUGCAGUUCAAGAGGAGAGGAAGGAAGAUGUUAGACUAAGCAUAACAGAAAUGGACAACAAAGACAAGGAGUCCCAGAGGAUUGGUUUUCCACCCAAUGUGACCGUGAAUUACAGUGUGUCAGACUGUCGAGCGCUGGUCAAGACCCUUGUUUGUGGAGUCAAGACAAUCACAUGGGGUUGUGCCUCAUGCAAGUCAGCAGUUGAUCCUGGUCUCACCCUCAACAAGUCCUUUCAUCCAAAAGAAACCCUUGUAUUUAUCCGUCUAGUCAAGUGGGCCAUGCAGGCGUUGGAUAUCUACACACUAAAUGCACCAGGUAACCAACAGCCUUCUGGUCAGCGAGGACAGGUGCCUCAGACUGUCAGGUCCAAAGAGGAGAAAGAAGUAUUAGAACACUUUGCUGGAGUCUUUAUUAUGAUGAAUCCAGCCACCUUCAGAGAAAUAUUUUCCACAACUAUUGAUUAUGUUGUUGAGCGGAUAUACCACAAUACGGCAUUGCAGAUUGUAGCCAAUUCCUUCCUCGCCAAUUCUACAACUUCACCAAUAUUUGCCACCAUACUUGUAGAAUAUCUCUUAGGUCACAUGGAAGAAAUGGGAACAUCCAUGGACAGAUCUAAUUUAUAUCUGAAGUUAUUCAAACUAGUCUUUGGGUCUGUAUCACUGUUUGCAGCAGAGAAUGAACAGAUGUUGAAGCCCCACCUCCAUCAAAUAGUCAACCGGUCAAUGGAGCUGGCCAUGAGUGCCAAGGAUCCCUACAACUACUUUUUGCUGCUGCGAGCCCUCUUCAGGUCUAUUGGAGGAGGUAGCCAUGACCUCCUGUAUCAGGAGUUUCUGCCUCUGCUGCCGACACUCCUACAGGGACUCAACAGCCUGCAAAGUGGCCUACACAAGCAACACAUGAAGGACCUAUUUGUAGAGCUGUGUCUUACUGUACCAGUGAGAUUAUCCUCUCUGCUGCCAUACCUCCCAAUGCUCAUGGAUCCUCUGGUGUCGGCUCUUAAUGGCUCACAAACUCUCAUUUCACAAGGACUCAGGACCCUUGAACUGUGUGUGGACAACCUUCAGCCUGACUUUCUGUAUGAACACAUUCAGCCUGUGAGGGCAGAGUUGAUGCAGGCUCUUUGGAAGACACUCAGGAAUCCCAAUGACACCAUUGCUCAGGUGGCCUUCCGUGUCCUUGGAAAGUUUGGUGGUGGGAACAGGAAGAUGAUGAUUGAACCACAAAAGUUAGAAUAUAGUGAGCAGGAGACCCCAAGUACCUGUAUUACUAUCCACUUCUCAGAGCACAAGUCUCCCAUUAUGCUGCCAGUAGAGAAAAUAAUUGAGACAGCUUUCACUGCCCUCAAGACCUCCACUACGGAGCCCUGGUACAGGCGCCAGUGCUGGGAGGUGAUCCGCUGCUUCCUAAUUGGCUCCAUGCAGUUUGAUGAGGAAAAGCACAUGGUCAACAAGUUGUUCACACACCCUAACUUCAGGGAGGAGGAGCUCUUAACAGUACAUGGACCAUACUAUAAGUGUCCUGAUGAACAAGCAAGGCAAGUGCACCAGAUGGCUGUAACUGCCAUGUUUGUUGCAGCAGCCAUUAAGGAUCUUCGGCAGAGUGUAUUGCCGACAAUGGUGUCGUUAGUUAGGCAUUACACUAUGGUUGCCAUUGCACAACAAGCUGGACCUUUUAACAUGAUGGGUCGCUGGACCAAGGUACAGGGGAUGGAUCCUCUUGUUCUGAUUGAUGCUCUAGCUGUCAUUAUGGGACAUGAAGAGAAGGAACUCUGUAAACCAGGACACUUGGCACUUGUUCUCAUCAUGGAAGCUGCCACAAAUAUUCUUGGAACAAAGGAGAGGGCUUGUCAGCUGCCUCUCAUGGAAUAUCUUGUGGAGAAAAUGUGCGGUCUCUGUUAUGAACGUGCUUGGUAUGCAAAGCUUGGUGGGUGCAUUGCUAUCAAGUUUUUGUUUGAACGUAUGGCACUCAAAUGGGUUUUAGAACACCAAUUCCCAUUUUUGCGUGCAUUGCUCUUUGUUAUGAUGGACCUGACAGGUGAGGUCUCAAGUGGUGCAGUAGAUAUGGCCAAAAAUAAUCUGGAGAGGAUGUUGCAGGUAUGUGGAGCUCCACUGGAAGGAGAAAACAACACUGAUGAAAUGAGACAGAUACAGAGCAAAUCUCUUCAUGAUGUUACACAUGAGUUGGUACGCCAGGUCACAUCUCCAAACACAACAGUAAGAGAGCAGGCUAUGCAGAGUCUUCAUGUUCUUGCAAAACUUAGUGGCAGAGGUGUCACUGAAGUGAUGCAGCCACACAAAGAUGUAUUAGCAGACAUGAUUCCACCUAAGAAACAUCCUCUGCGACAACAACCAGCCAAUGUUCAGAUUGGUCUGAUGGAUGGCAACACAUUCUGUACUACCCUGGAACCUCGCCUGUUUACCCUUGACCUCAGCCUGCAAGAGCAUAAAUUCUUUUUCUCAGAAUUACACAUGCUGGUAGAGACAGAAGAUUCCUACUUAGCAAAACUCUCUUGUUACAAAAACAUAGGAAAUCUUGUACCUUUAAGGAAGUCUGCCCUGAAGGCUCUUGCUGCCUGUCAUUAUAUCCCUCAGAUAAGAGAGAAAAUCUUCCCAACUCUGUAUAAAGCGCUGAAUAAUUCAUCACAUCCUGAGCUCCAAGAGACUGCUUUUGAAUGCCUAAAGAAAUUCCAGAGUGGAUGCCAGGUAGACAUGGAGAUGGUCCAUUCUGCUAUGCGUCCUUUGCUUGGGCAACUGUUUCACCAUAGAAGUGUCACUCUGCCUGUCAUUCACAGACUCUCUUACUUGACCCAACUCUUUCCAUACACCUUUAAUGAAAAGCUGUGUGAGCAACUCACACAACACUUGAAAAACCUUAUAGAAAUGGCUAUUAUGAGCAGAAAGCAAAAUACAUCUGUUACCAAACAGGACAAUAAUGACCUCAAGCUUUGUGCCAACAUUGUUGGUAUAUUCCACCAGAUUCCAGCAGCGUCAGCAAGAUUUGUAGAAGCAUUGUGUAAGCUUGUGUUGCAGACUGAAAGAGCUCUAUUAAUUGAGGCUGGUAGCCCUUUCAGAGACCCGCUAAUGAAGUUCUUAUUACGUUACCCUGCUGAAACUGUUGAAUUGUUCCUCUCAGAGCCCCACGCCCGUGAUCAACAAUGGGGAAGAUACCUAGAGUUCCUCGUAAGGCACAAAGAGAGCAGUCCAUUCCGCCAACACUUACAGACAUGUACAGACAAGCUUCUGACUGUGCUCCUUGCAACCCCAACAGCUGUACAAAUUGCAGGACUUCAGCAGCAACACUACCAACAACAGCCUCUCACCAUUGCAGACCAGGCACAGCUCCAGUACUUGGCCAUUCGUAUCAUUUUACUUCUGUCUCGACAGGAUGACCAGUGGCUUGCAGCUCAAAGCCAGCUAGUUAUGGCAAUAAGGAAUCUUUGGAUUUCUGAUGAAUUCCAAGAGCGACAUCACUCUGCUGAGAACACUGAUUUCAUCCACUGGAAGGAACCACGCAUGGUGGUGUCAAUUCUUUUGAUGUAUUUCAAGCAUCAUACAGAUGACAUCAAUCUGCUGUUCCAACUACUACGAGCAUUUAUUGGGAGAUUUAUUCCAGACUUCCAAUUCUUGAGAGAUUUCCUUGAACAAACUGUUGCUCAAACUUACACUGUAGACUGGAAGAGAUCAGCUUUCUUCCAGUUUGUGGAGGUCUUUGAAGAUGUGUCAGUACCACAGGAAUUGAAGGCUGUUAUAUUGCAGUACAUCAUCAUCCCUUGCCUCACGGUUAGCUUGGAAAAUGGGGAUGGGGACAGGCUCAUAGGAUACCCUCCUGCACCAGACCAAGACCAUCCUGACAACGUCGUCUCCGUUUUCAUCACAAGAGUCAUCAACCCAGACGAGCCUUUUGUGUACAGCGAUGCAGUGAGGAUUCUUCUGCUGCAGCUUUCCUGUCUGUUGGUGGAGCAGGCCUCGGCUCACAUCCAUGAUGCAGGCAACAAGAGACAGGGUCAGAAAUUGAGGCGCCUCAUGACAUUUGCUUGGCCUUGUUUACUCUCAAAGAACUGUGUGGAUCCAGCCACCAAAUACCAUGGACACCUCCUUCUUUCACACAUCAUUGCCAAGUUUGCCAUCCAUAAGCGCAUUGUUCUGCAAGUGUUCCAUAGCCUUUUGAAAGCCCAUGCCAUGGAAGCAAGAUCUGUGGUACGACAGGCCCUGGAGAUCCUAACCCCUGCAAUGCCAGUCCGCAUGGAAGACGAUAAUUCGACACUGCCAGAAUUUUUGCGACAGUCAGUGAAAGUUGGUUAUAAGGAUGUUUACAUCAUCAUUAAUGUAGCUUUUAGUCAGGUGAACGGUAAUUCAGAUGAUAUUUGUGUAUGUAUCAAAUGGGAAGAAGAAAGAGUAAGAGAGGAGACAGAUGGUGAUGGUGGCAAUGAAUUAGCCCAGCAACUUCACCAGCCAGGUGGCAUAAAGCGCUCCUCAUCGACCGAUGGCCCCGAGGCAAAGAGGGCAAGAGUGUCUGUAGGAGCAAGUUCCCGGGGAAGUAUCGAUGCCACAAAGCCCAUGGAAAAAGCACAUGCUGAUGCUGUUGUUUACUUUUUGCUACGACUGGCAUGUCAGGUAAAUGAGAGCACAACCACACCUGGAACAGUAGCUCCUGGUGAAGCACUGUCUAGGCGCUGUGUGGCACUGCUGAAGCGAGCCCUCAAACCAGACAUGUGGCCGCAUGCUGACCCCAAGUUGGCAUGGCUGGACAAACUUUUCCUCAACUUGGAGUCAACACAGCCAAACCUGGCAAACGUUUGUGUUGGCUUGGAAGUUCUGACGUACCUCAUUGGGACUUUGAGGCGUGAGCAGAUCCUGGGAGCAAUGAGAGGCUUGACAAGAGGAUUGGUGGCUUGUAUGGCCUGUAGUAACUCUCGUGUUGUGCGCCUCACACACACACUGCUGGCCAGGCUCAUGUCCACGUUUCCUACCGAGCCAACUUCUGCCACCGUGGCUUCCCGCUUUGAAGAGCUUGAAGAUCUGUAUGCCAGAAUUGCCAAGAUUGUCUUCGAUGGUUUGACAUCGUAUGAGAAAAAUGCCAAUGCUUCUCCUACAUCACUCUUUGGCACACUGAUGAUCCUGAAAGCAGCAUGCCAGAACAAUCCAUGCUACAUUGAUCGCCUCAUCAUGCCCUUCAUGAAGGUCUUGCAGAGGAUGGCACGAGACCAUCUCAACCAUCCUUCCACGGAUAACAGCACAGUGGGCAGUGAACUGUUGAUCCUGUCUCUUGACUUGGUGAAGAACCGUGUGGGAGUGAUGGGUGUGGAAAUGGGCAAGGCUUUUAUUGGCACCAUUUUAGUUGGCCUCAUUGAGAAGACUCCUGAUGUCAAGGUCAUGAAGGCUAUCACCAAGAUGGUGGAAGAAUGGGUCAAAAACAAAACUCCAAUUGCCAUCAAUCAAGGUCCAAGUUUGCGUGAGAAGUCCAUACUUUUGGUAAAACUCAUGCAGUAUGUAGAGAAAAGAUUCUCAGAGGAUACAGAACUAAUGGCUCAGUUCUUGGAGUUGGUCAAUCAUGUUUACCGUGAUGAGACGCUGAGGAAUACAGAACUCACUGCGAAACUUGAGCCUGCCUUCUUGGCUGGGUUACGGUGCACACAGCCUCCCAUUAGAGCCAAAUUUUUCCAGGUGUUCCACGAGAGCAUGAGAUCCCGCUUGAGUGAUCGGCUUCUGUACAUCAUCUGUUCUCAAAACUGGGACCACAUGGGGCCACACUACUGGAUCAAACAGUGCAUUCAACUUCUCCUUGUUACAGCUCAGCAGAGUACUCAGAUCCAGAACUCGUCACAACAGGUGCUUCUGCCAGGAGUAACAGCUGUGAUUAACUGGGCAGAUGCAGCUGAGAGAGCCAACUUCUCGGUCUUUGCCAGCAUAAAGGAGGAGGCGUCUGACCUUGAUCAGGCCCUCGAUUCCUCUGUAGAUAAGGAGGUAAAGACCCAGUCUGUCACGCUGCCACUCGAGGAUGAGAUAGACAUCGAACUGUCAUCAGUCCCUGCAGACGGUGCUCAGUCUAUUGACGGGAAUGUGAAGAGUCAGGCCAAUCCUAGGGCCAAUUUGCACCUGUUGUUAUCAAGACAGUCAAAGUUUAUGGAGAGUGUCAAGGAAGUGACAACAUGGCAGUUCCUGUCAGCGGUGUCGCAGCUGUGCCACAUGGACACCAACCUGGCUGAAUGGGUGUGGCUGCAGUUCUUCCCCCGCAUUUGGAAGAUCCUCAGCGAGAAACAGCAGCAGGGCAUUGCAAGUGAGGUGAUUCCAUUCCUCUGUUCUGGAUCGCAUGUCAUCCAGAAAGACUGCCAUCCCUCAGCCCUCCACACCUUCACAGAAGCCCUGGCACAGUGCCAACCACCAGUGCCGAUCAGACCAGCAAUAAUGAAGUACCUAGGAAAGAGCCACAACCUUUGGCACCGCAUGACCCUUCUCCUGGAGCAGGCUGCUUUGGAACAGGGUGCCAUGACUGCUCCCAGGUCUACUAAGAAGGACCUGUAUGACUCCUAUGACAUGGAGCCUGUCACCAAUCCCCAACAGGAGAUACUAGACUCUCUCUCAGAGAUGUAUUCCCUGUUGAAAGAAGAGGACCUUUGGGCUGGCCUGUGGCAGACAGUAGCCCAUUAUCACGAGACAAGACUGGCUGUGACCUUUGAACAACAUGGGUUCUUAGAGCAAGCACAGGCAGCCUAUGAAUUGGCCAUGACAAAGGCCCGAACGGACAUGGCAGUUAGACCGGCCCCAGUCAAACUGCAGUCAGAGAUGAAGCUCUGGGAAGAUCGAUGGAUAAGAUGUGCAAAGGAGCUAAACCAGUGGGACUUAGUGCAAGAGUAUGGAAGCAGCGAAGCAUCAGGGAAUGCUUUGCUGGUCCUUGAGAGUGCAUGGAGGGUCCCUAACUGGGCACGCAUGAAAGAGGCGUUGGCUCAUGUAGAGCAGUCGUACCCUAAGGAGUUAGCCUGGAAGGUCAACUUGUACCGAGGCUAUCUGGCCAUCUGCCACCCAGAGGAGGAACAUCUGAAGCUGGUAGAGAAGCUGGUGGAGGCAGCAACUGUUCUCUGCAUCAGGGAGUGGAAGAGGCUCCCACACAUUGUGUCACACAUCCACUUACCGUACCUGCAAGCUGCUCAACAGGUAAUGGAACUGCAAGAGGCCUGCCAGAUCCACCAAGGCCUCGUCCAUGGUCGUACAAAUUCUCUCCAUGACAUGAAGGCCAUUGUCAAGACAUGGCGCAAUCGUUUGCCAGUCAUUGCUGAUGACCUCUCCCAUUGGUCAGACAUCUUCACCUGGCGACAGCAUCAUUAUCAGUUCAUUGUCAAUCAUUAUAAUGACUCAAGUGAAAAUCAGAGCAUGCUAGGUGUCCAUGCCUCGGCACAAGCAAUCAUCCACUUCGGCAAGAUUGCACGGAAGCACAACCUAAGUAACGUGUGCUUUGAGUCCCUGUCAAGGAUCCACACAAUCCCCUCUGUGCCCGUGGUGGACUGCUUCCAGAAGAUCCGGCAGCAGGUCAAGUGCUACCACCAGAUGGCCACUGCAACGGGAAUGGGCAAGAACGAGUUGCAAGGGGGUCUGGAAGUGAUUGAAUCAACAAACCUAAAAUUCUUCAACAAAGACAUGACAGCAGAAUUUUAUGCAUUGAAGGGCAUGUUUUUGGCACAGCUUGGUCGAAGUGAAGAAGCAAACAAAGCCCUGAGUGCAGCAGUACAGCUGCAUGACACCCUUGUGAAAGCCUGGGCGCUCUGGGGGGAUUACCUGGAGGCCCUCUUCACCCGUGACCCCACACACAUCAACCUUGGGGUCUCGGCCAUCACUUGCUACCUACAUGCAUCACGGCACCAGAAUGAGUCCAAGUCUCGAAAAUAUCUGGCCAAGGUGCUGUGGCUGUUGAGCUAUGAUGAUGAGGCGGGAAGUCUAAGUGAUGCUGUUGAUCGCUAUUGCAUUGGGGUUCCUCCCAUACAGUGGUUACCAUGGAUACCACAGCUCCUCACCUGCCUGGUGCGGCCUGAGGGCAAGGUGAUCAUCAACCUCCUGAACCAAGUGGGUAGGAUGUUCCCACAGGCUGUGUACUUCCCCAUUCGUACCCUUUACCUUACACUCAAGAUCGAACAGAGAGGGCGUAUCAAAAGUGUGGAUCCCUCAGCUGCGACUGCACAGAAGGCCCAGCAAGGCAGCCAGGCACAGCAACAAGGACAAGGCCAGACAUCCACGCAGCAGCAGGCACAGCAGGGACAGCAAAGUGGGCAGCAGCAGGCCACAGAAACUGCGGGAUCUAUCAAGGCGACAGAGCCAAUGUGGAGAUGUUCACGCAUCAUGCACAUGCAGAAGGAACUCCAUCCAACGGUCCUGGCUUCUCUCGAGGGCAUUGUAGAUCAGAUGGUGUGUUUCCGAGAGUACUGGGAUGAGGUAGUGUUACGACAACUCCGCCAAGCACUUGCAAAGUGUUAUGCAGUUGCUUUUGAAAAUUCAGCAGCUGUCUCAGAGGCUAAUAUUACACCACACACCCUCUCUUUUGUGAAGAAACUUGUUUCAACGUUUGGAAUUGGUAUUGAAAAUAUCAGCAGCUCAGUGAGUGGUGGAGGGCAGUAUGGCAGUGCGGCGUCUGAGUCCCUGGCCAGGCGUGCCCAGGCAACAGUCCAAGACCCUGUGUUCCACAAGAUGAAAGGCCAGUUCACCACUGACUUUGACUUCUCACAGCUGGGCUCCAUGAAGCUGCACAACCUUAUACACAAACUCAAGAAAUGGAUCAAGAUUUUGGAGGCCAGGGUGAAGCUGCUGCCCAAGUGGUUCCUGAUUGAAGAAAAGUGUCGUUACUUGAGCAAUUUCAGUCUUCAAACAGCAGAGGUUGAAUUACCAGGAGAGUUCUUAUUGCCAAAGCAUUCGCACUACUACAUCCGGAUAGCAAGGUUCAUGCCCAGAGUAGACAUAGUUCAGAAGCACGGUUCUGCAGCCAGAAGGCUCCACAUUCGUGGUCACAAUGGCAGAGUUUAUCCCUACCUUGUUGUUAAUGAUUACUCGCUUAGUGAUGCACGUCGAGAAGAACGUGUCUUGCAGCUGCUAAGGAUGCUAAAUCACUUCUUUGCCAAACAAAAGGAGACGAGUCGCAGGCUAGUCAACCUAAGCAUCAGUCGUGUGGUGGCUGUGUCACCACAGAUGAGACUGGUGGAGGACAAUGUGUCUUCUCUUUCACUCCUUGACAUAUACAAGCUCCGAUGUGCGAAGAGGCAGCUGGAGCCUGACACACCUGUCACGAGAUAUUAUGAGAGGCUAGCAUCUGUGCAGGCGCGAGGUUCACAGGCUUCUCAUCAAGUGCUACGAGAUAUAGUGAAGGAAGUACAGAACGCCAUGGUGCCCAGGUCGAUGCUGAGAGAUUGGGCUCUCACUACUUAUCCAAACCCCACUCACUACUGGACGUUUAGAAAAAUUCUCACCAUCCAGCUAGCCCUAAUUGGUCUUAUGGAAUACCUGCUGCACCUAACCAAGUUGUAUCCUGAUAUGAUGUACAUUCAUCAGGACUCGGGGCUUAUCAAUGUUGCUUACUUCAAAUUCAACAUUGAUGAUGCCAAAGGUGAACUGGAUGGGAAUCGGCCAGUGCCAUUCAGACUGACUCCAAAUCUGGCAGAGCUGGUGACAAGCAUUGGCGUCUCCGGUCCUUUCACAGCCUGCAUGGUGGCCACGGCAAGGUGUCUGGCCACUCCCUCUUUCAAGGUUAAUGCAUUCCUUAGAGCAAUUAUGAGGGAUGAAAUCAUCUCAUGGCACAAGCGGCAGGAGGGAGCCAGCGUGGAGGGCUCUCAGGGUACAGGGCCAAUGGAAGGGGAAGCCCUCAUCACUCGUGUUAACAAAGCAGUCACUGCCAUAACCACUCGCAUACAGUCGCUGGCAUCCAGUGAUGGGGCUGACAGCAAGGUGACACAGCUGGUGCGUGCUGUGAACUGUGUGGACAACUUGUGUCGCAUGGAUCCAGCCUGGCAUCCAUGGCUGUAGGUUGUGAGGGGAGAAUUGGGGAUUUUAAUAAAUUAAAUGUUUCAUUUGCCGCCAGAAGGGCAAAUUCAGAUCAGCACCUAAUGUUUAGGUGGAUAUUGUGUACAGGAGAAACAGGGACUUUGUACAUAUUACAUAGUGAAUACAUGCAUUGACAGUAAUACCCUUGGUGUAAUGAUGUUAUGAAUCAACUCUUACUGUCGUAUUUGAUAUUAGACAUUACCAUCUCCAGAAGUUGAAAUGGAAAGAUAUUACUACACUUAUUUAUUUAUUCCAAUAUGUAGAAAUCAUCUUACAUGUCCUGUCAGCAUUAUUCAUCUUGUCAGCUCUCUUCAUUUAAGCUAAUUCACAUAUGAAUGACAUUUUGCUGUGGCAGUUAUCAUUUCAUGUUUCAAAUCUCAUGUGAUCAUUGUUUUAUACAAGUAGUUUUAUACAUAGAUUAUAUAUAAAUUUCCAAAUAUAG